AUGCUUCUGAGAGUUGGUAGAGAGUUCAGAUCUCAGUUACCCCAUGCUCUGGCUGCAGAAGGAGCCAGAACAUGGGGUAACAGAGACUACAAAUAUGAAGUCCUCCAAUGUGGUGACAUGGAAAAGCUUAUAAAAAUAUGGACAAAGGCAGAUGAGCCACCCCUGUAUUAUGUAACUAUUGAGGCGACUUUUGACGUCAUUAAACGUGCUCAUAUUGCAACAGGACAUUGUAGGCGUGACUGCAUGAUUAAGGAGUUACAACGAAAAUAUGCCAACAUCACAACAAAGGCCUUGGAGUUCUUCAAAUCACUGUGUGAGGAAUGUCAGAAGAAAAUGAAAAAAACAAUGACCAAGGGUGUUGUGGUGCGUCCUAUCCUCAGCAAGGCAUUUGCGUCUAGGAGCCAGGUUGAUUUAACUGACAUGCAAUCAAUGCCACAUUCCCACUUUAUAUGGAACAUGGUGUACCAAAUCCAUUUCACCAAAUUCUGCAUUCUUCGUCCUCUUCAAACCAAAUGCGCUGCAGAGGUUGCCUUCCAGCUUGUAGACAUCUUCCUUCUCAUGGGUGCCCCUGCUGUUCUUCAAAGUGAUAAUGGCUCAGAGUUCACAUCCAGGGUGAUUACUGAGCAAAAAGAAAUAUGGCCAAGUCUGAUCAUGGUUCACGGGAAGCCCCGUCAUCCACAAAGUCAUAAUUCUAACCCUUGCUCAUCCACACAUCAUCCACACAUGUGA